CACCGCUUUUGAGUACAGCCUCUACAAAGACACCGGCAAGGUCUCCAAAUGUCUUUGCUCCUUCUGGCUUAGCAAUGGCAAUAUCCAAAGCUUGACUAUCAAUUAUGAGCAUUGGCUCCUUGUCUAGGUCUCUGUCAUAAAGGUGAUCAGGACAUUCAACACCAGCAGUUAUGAACGUCGCGAGUAUGGCCUUCGAUCCUGAACUAAAUUGUCCAUUUACCUCUGCUAAAGAUAAAGGUACAACAAACAGCUCAUGUGCCAUAAUACGGUUCAGAUUGACUCUGGGAGAGAUUUUUCUAAACGUUUGCAAAGUCGAGAUUUCUGUUCUGCGAAUGUCAAUUAAUCUCACUGAUUCAGAUGUGGUCCAAACACAGUAAUGAUAUGAAUAAUGUUUGAUUGGAAUAGGGCUGCAGCUAUCGAUUAUUUUAGUAGUCGAUUAAUCAAUGAACGAGUUAGUUCGAAUAAUUGAGUAAUAGGAUAAGGAUAAUAAGGAAAUAAGGAUCUAUGUACAACAAAAGAAAAAUUCGCUAACUUACAUAGCAAAAUUCCGCUAGCUUAAAUGCUAUAAAGUAUAACUUUUUUUUUACAAUGCUCUUAACAAAUGGUUCAGACACAUAUUCCCACAAAAAAUGACUAAAUAUACCUAUAAACUAAAUUACGAAUGCAUUAGAAAACAAGAGCUCAAACAAAAACUUAGCUUACGUUGGUCUGAACAGGGAGCAGUUGGAUUGAGCCAUGUGAAAUGAGGCAGACCAGAGUGUAGUGUAUCCACCCUAAUCAAUAAAACAAAAUGCAAACACUUUCAAAAUAAACCAUUAACGCCACUUUAAUCUAACGAAUACUCGAAGCAACAAAAUUGAAUUCGAAGAUUUUUUUCUAAUCGAAUACUCGAGUUAAUCGAUUCAUCGUUGCAGCACUAGAUUGGAAUGACAUUAAGACUCAAGAUGUCCUCAGAUAUACAGUAUACUCACAAAAUGCCAGUCAACUAAAGUCCAUUGAUGGCACGGACACCUAUUUUUUUUAUUCAUCCCUCAUUUUAAAAAAUUGAUCAGGCUCACUGCAGUUUACUAUUUCUUAGUUUAAUCAUGAAAAAACAAGGUUAAAAAUUUUCAAAACAAUUUAGGACUUGUUUAUGGUUUGUAUCAAAAAAAAAAAAUCACUAGGUUUUAACUUUCCAUUGAUCUUCAUCAAUUGUCAAUUACGCCCAAUUAUGCCUAAUAUUCCAAUAUGUCACCUCAUUUGCAUAUGUAAACAUAGUAUUUCAGAAAACUUGCAAUACAAAAAGUGUUUGUACAAAUGUAAGCAAGAAACUGGUAAAGUUUUGCGGUGAUAUGUAAAAGUUUAAAAUUGUGGCCUACUUGCCAUUUAUUUCCAGCCUGGGAAAACGACAUCUAUUUUUAACCAAGCAUUACAAAAAAUUGGGAACCUUAUGUCACUGACAUACAGUGGAUUUGUAUGAAGAAGACAUUGAAAUUUCUAAAAAUGCUGUAUGACAACUUUUCCCCAAAAAUGCCUACAGGGUUACAGAACUCUGAAUAUCCGGACCUGGCUAUCAAGUCAAAGUAAAAAUUAUGGCUUAGUUAAAUUACUCUUAGAAGUACAUUUUCUCUGAAAGUUAUACAUGUAAAUGUAACAGUACAUGUAAUGCGUUACUACCCUACCUCUGAAAUUUAGGUAUUAAUUAAUAAUAGUUCUAGCGCAAAUUGGUAGUGGAAUGUGGCUUCAGCAGAGCAGCACAGGAGUCUUACUCACUUUUAUUCCUUUAUUCUUCGCACUCCUCUGGUCAUGCGCCUCACAACUACAAUAUACAGUACAAUACAAUACUAUCGUGGUGUCAGUCACCUACCAAUGGGAGCGCCACCUUGCCGUAUCGAACACACCAAUAGGAGUGUCGUGCUGACGCAUCACUCCGGCGCCGGCAGUCGUCUUAGUGACGCGAUGAUACGUUUCUGUUCAAUUUUAUUUUGUGCGCUGCAUAGAUCUUCUUGAGUCCGUGAGAGCAAGGCGCAAAUGCACACGCGCGCAGCUUAGAGGAAACCAGACCCAGAGGUUCCCACCCCUAAUGGCGUACCGCAAGCAACACGUCACUUUUGCUCAUUAAUAUUCAUGACGUUACCAAUUGUUGCUAAGGGGGUCAACCUCCUGUUUGUCACUGAUAGUAAAUGCAUGGAAAUAGUGUACGAGCGAGAUGUUUACUGAGCAAAACCUACCAAUUCUGUCCGAAAAUGAUGUUGCUGGCGUUAAACUGGUCUUUUGGACGUCCGCGCAUGUUGAUGCAUUCUGAACAUUUUUUCCUCUGAGUUUUUGGUUUCGGGAAACAUAUGAAGAAAACAUCCUUCAUAUGUUGUAAUGUCUUGAGUCGUUUCUACAUGUUCCAUAGCAGCAGCGUUUACUCGGCAUGUUCUUUUUUGAAAGAUUACCGGAGAAAACAUGCAAAAAUAACAUAAAAAAUAACAUAUUGUAUGCAAGGGCUUGUUUAUAUUGAUCCACUUCCGCGUUACGAUGGCAACGUCACGGUCUAAAAAUAGCAUUCGUGCAGUACGCUAUGGGAGCGCCGCUUUGCCGUAUUGAACACACCAAUAGGAGUGUCGUGCUGACGCAUGACUUUCGGCGCCCACAGUCGUCCUAGUGACGCUACAUUAUGUUUCUGUUUUAUUUAUUUUGUGCACUGCAUAGAUUUUCUUGAGUCCGUGCAAGCAGGACGCAAUUGCGCACGCGCGCAGCUUGGAGGAAACAUUGACCCAGAGGUUCCCACCCCUAAUUAACAGGCCACAGUACUAUUUACAAAUUCUAGUUAAGCUAUUGGACUGAAUAGAAACCACAAUAAAUUUCUCUGACCCACUGUGAACCACAAUUGGCAUUGUUGACCUUGUUUUGCUUGAUUUCUAUUAUUUAAGGGGAAAUUGCUUGUCUUAUUCCCCUUAUCAGGAACAAAGCCAAUUAUCAUAUGCUUUGUGCUCACUGCUUGGUUCCGAAUUUAUUAACGAAUGUGCACAUGAACAUCUAAAUGUUUCAUACGUCGUAACACCAUUUCAUCAUUCACAAGUAAUUUCAGCAAAAAUUGUGUUGUGUACUUGUUGUAUCUUCAUUUGUUCAUUGACCUGAUUUUAUUUUCUGAAUGAUGUACUGUAGUUCUGGGAUUAUGAUAGUUGUGUCAUAUUUCUGUAGGGUUGGCAUCAUUCUUAUGACAUGCUCGACUUGGCCUCAAUGAAGGCAAAACAGUUGUGGGGCAUAACUGAGUCACACAUCACACGCGAUUAGUUUUGCUUAGACUUUACGUCCCCAUGAUUAUGAGUCUGGAUAGUGCCUAAAAUGAAUGCAAUGCUCUAGAAUGUGUGUUAGUGGGAACUAAGUGUGAGAUAGGUUGGAGAAAGUUUUGUAAUCUGUGGUAAAGACAAAACAAGAUGAAUACAGUAGUAAUGAAAAUCCCAGUGGCAGUCACGUGAAUCAGGUGCUCUAACGAACAGAAGUUGCCAGUUUUACAAAUACCAGCGGAGGGACUCCUUCGCCGCCGCAAAAGAAAGUAGUUCGGAGGACAAAUCUUACAACCUAUCAGAUGUCGACACAAACGUUUAUAGGAGUCAUUUGAUGACAUAGUUGAUUAGUUUCGAGAUCGCAAACUGCUACAACGUUCACCUCCAUGCUGCUGCACGAGCUGUACAGUGUGAAGGCAAAACCUCCGAAAUAAAUAAAAAAUGGAAAUAAAAAUGGCUUUAAAUAAAAAAAUAAUAAUAAUAAUAUUCAGUAUUUUAAAUAAUUGCAAAAAUAAAUGAAAAUAAACACGAAUAUAAAUUCACUAAAAAGUAAAAGGAUAAUAAGAACAAAAACAAAAAAAAACAUGCAAAAAUAUCAAAACUGGUAUAUAUCAGUCUGUGAAUAAAGCGCUCUCGUAUUUAGUUAUUUAAUUGUCAGUGUGAACGUGGAGAAAAAAGUGCAGAGGAAAUACAGUAGUAUUCAAAUGAGGGGGCAGUCCUAUGUGUGUGAAGGGAAUAGUAUCUUUUCUCGUAUUUACUGUUUGACUGUUUGUAUUACUCUUACGUACCCAAUAUAAGAUAAAUAGCCUUUAUAUCAUAGUUUCAGGAAAACAAGCAGAAUAUAUUUGACAUAGGGCAUAAGAGAUACAUGACGCCUUCUGACCACAGAAGCCCAACGCGUGCAGCAUGCAGGUUACUGAGCAAGAUUGACGCUGAGUACAAGGUGACAGGCAAGACAUCUACAAGCCCCCGUCUGCAACACCAAAUCCCGCAAUCAGCUCUUCAGGACAGUCCAUAACUAAUGGCGGGACGUCCUGUACGACAACAACACCCGAUAACAAAAACAACUCUAGUUUUGAUAGCUCGGCGCUUCUCAGACGUCAAGGCAGGCUGAACCUCCCACCUCGGUUGCUUCAGUAACCAUGACCCGGCAACGAACGGUGACACACAAACUUGACCGCCCAAAUCUGCCACAGAAGAAUUAUCCUAAACAACACCCAGGCACACCCUUCGUCUGGCCCACCGUACCGCAGACUUCAAAAGACUUAACGUUUAGCUAACAGCUGUCAUUUCUCGGGGACAUUCCGAUGUGCUCGUUGUUUUUCUGACUCUGGAUCCAGAAUUGCCUCUCCGGGACCUAUUUGUUUGCCUUGCUGUUUGAUCUCUGUCGACCUGAAUAAAUUGCCAACUUGUGUUUCGAAGCCUUUUUCCAGCUUUCAAAAUGGAGUCAGUACAAGGGGUUAAGACUAAGGUGGACUAAGGUGGCCGCACAGACUUUGGCCUUUUGGCCAGGUUGUCGGGUUUCACCAGCCCAUGUCGUUGGAGCUGCACCAGCACAGGUCUGGUGGUUCGCCUGGCGUGAUUCCGGCAAUCUGGCUAAAAGGUCAGAUUAUUUCAGUGUGCCUUUGGUUGGAGUGUUCGCCUACUGGUUGGUUGUGUGCAGUAUAUUCUAAUGCUAUGUUGAUAGUAACAGCUAGCGCUUUGCUAACUGAGAGGCUAAUAGAAUAGAAUAGAAUAGAAUAGAAUAGAAUAGAAUAGAAUAGAAACACUCUAUUUUAAUUGUACAAGGUAAAGCAAGAUUUAAUUCGCCAUAACACGUGCCACAUAAAACAAAAGCAAAAGUUCAAAGUGAAUAAGUAACUAACAGCAAGUGGUGAUGUAGUGGAAACAUAACUUUUCGUAUAUGACAAUUUACAGUACUCAGACAAGGAGGCUGAUGGCUGACUUGAUAUGAUAUUGCAAAUGACAGUUUGUGCAUAGAUAUUGAUGUGAACGUGCAAAAAUGCUAUAAUGUAACUACAAAUAUUGCGUGUGCAGUACCCAGAUUACGCAGAACCCAGAUUGACACAGAUGUCUGACAACAUAUUACUCAGUGAGAUGCAUAUGAUAAUGUUAUGGCAUUAGCUGUCUAAUGACAAUGACAUUUCAGUGCAGAGUUGAGUAUGGUGACACUCUUGAAAAGAAAGGUUUUUUUUUUUUUUAAAUUCAGCAACACUUUUUUUUUUUGAACGAACAGGGAAGGUGGGGGAAUACGGUACAAAAUUAAACGUUUCUUAUUAUCAACAUCAUCAUAUGCUAUUGUUUAGCCACAACUGGAUUCAUUACAUCAUUACUAUUCAUCUUUCAUGCAGACGCUGGAACAGAAAUGUAAUUUAAUCCAUCUGCAGGCGACCGGGAGAUCAUGAUUUUACGACACUGUGCACUGGCCCUCAUGGUAUACACAGUCUUACUUAAGGCAAAACACUACCGCUUCUGUCCUCCUGCGUCAAUAAAACUGACCAAAACUGAAAAGUUGCCUAGUGUUCCUUUAAUCGUUGAAUUAAUCGUACGAUUAAUCAAUCAUAAAAUUAAUCGUUAUUUGCAGCCCUAAUUAAAAUAAGUGCCAACACUUGGUAUUGCUGUAUGUAUUAAAGAUAUAGGAGCAGUAAAAGAACACAGAGAAGUCAUGCUCACGCAGGCAUCUCUUGCUCUUUCCCCCUCCUCCCGGAAUAGGCCGGAGUACAUGUCCAAAGGAUGCAAAGAAUUUGACAGUCAGAAGGAGACGGUGUAGAGAUGGGAGCAAAUAGAGAUGAGAGUGAGCUAGAGAAACUGAGAGAAAAAGCUAAACUAAAUGGAAUGGGAUUCUCAUGUUGUUGAAUACAGAUUUUUGAUUUUUGAAGUCCUUUGUUUUGGACUAAAUCAGGACUAACAUGGACAAGGUCAGAACCAAACCAACGCACGGUAACGAAGGACUCGCUUCAAAUAGUUUGCAGCAUGUUUUAGAACUGGAUUAACUAUGGCAACUGAAUUAUGAUCGAAUUACAAAAUCACAAGAAUUCAGGGAUAAGCAUCUUUAAAGAGUACAGGAAAAGGAGUCAAACUCAGUUGGACAGUUCUUUCAGUAAGUGAUGAUUGUACCUUCAAGCGCGUUUCUCAUUCACAUUUAGCCAUGAUUCAAGAGGACAAUGAGCAUCAAUGAAAGAGACUACUUUUUCUCUAUUCUGCCCUUUAUGCUUAAUGCACUUGUACUUUGGGCGACGGUGCUAUGCGUAGGGUUUCAGGUUCCGCACCAGCUCCCUCUGGACAUAUAUGGCGCUUCCAGUGUUCAAUAGGGGUGGACUGUAGUGACGCAGAACCUCGCUGUAUUUGGUUGGCAGUUUUAAGAAUUAUUUCACCGCAGUCAACCCCGAUCUCAACGCCAAGAAAACCAGGAUCCAUGAGGAAGAUACAACGCCGAUUUUUUUCUUGGGCUCAAGGACCAAAGGAUAACAUGGUGUCAUCAAACGAGAAUAGUCACCGACCUCUAUCAUCUGGUGAUUUGGAGGGCAUGUCAUGGCGUGGCCUUCAGACCAUUUACCUCCAUAAGAACUUGCAGGGAUUUGGUUUCACUCUGCGCCACUUCAUAGUCUAUCCGCCGAAAUCUUACCUCCACGGCUCCAAGGAUGAAGAGAAUGGAAAUUCAAUUAAGAAAUGUGGGCAGGAGUCACCUUUGCAAGCGGUGGACACCAUCUUUGUGAAGAGCGUGAAAGAAAAUAGCCCUGCGCAUCAAGCUGGGCUGUGUACCGGCGAUAGGUUAGUGAAAGUGAACGGGGAGAACAUUCUCGGAAAAACCUACUCUCAAGUGAUUAGACUUAUUCAAAAUAGUGAAAAAAACCUGGAGCUUUCCGUUAUGCCGAAAGAUGAAGAUGUACUGCAGUUGAUAAGUGCAUAUUCCCAGGAGGCCUGCCUGAAAGACAAUGAGACAUUUUCAGUAAGGGACCCCAAGCUCCCUGAGCCUGUCCUUCGUCAAUGUUCUUCCAGCAAUCCCAACUCCAUUGCUUCACAGCUAAGCCACAAGGUUUAUAGCGCCCUAGACAACUGGCAGUACAGACCCAGCCCGACGACUUCACUGAUGGAUAGCCACCAUGCUAUUGCUUCAACAAGCAACUGGACAAGAGCGCCCGAGGAUGCCUCUGAUAUCUUUGUCACAGCAAAGCGACACCGUGGCCGCUCCUCAUCAGCCGUCAGUGCGUUCGAAUUUCACUUUGCCAACCACAAUGCUGCCAUUGCCUCAGCCACUCUCCCUCCACUACGUAAUGGUGGCCCGCCAGCCUCUAGUAACAUUUGUACCGAUUUCCUCAGUCAGCGAGCGUUGUCAGAAUGGUAUUGCAGUCAAACUGAGGAUGCUGAGCAACUGUCCACUUUCCACGGCAGAAUACCUGCAGAUUAUUUAGCAGCGCAAGAUGCUUCUAUUGCCUUUUCAGAGACGAAAAGGCAAGACUCUCUGUCUCAUCGUCAAGCCCUUGCAGAUGCUCAUAAUUCCUACUUCCUCCAGCGACAGGAUGGUAUUUUAAGACCGGGACGUAUUUCAUGCUCAGACAGUUUGCUGGCAGCAUAUGCAAAAUUUGAGUAUAACUACGAUCGUUCUGUUAAAACACUACAAGAGGCUGCUUUAGUUGUUCCGCUGUGUGCCAACAGUUCUUUAAAAGUUGAUCAACAAUCGCAUCAGAAAACUACAAGAGGGCAUGAGCAUCAAAUCAAAACAGUCAACCCUUCAACAGUGUCCUCCACAGUUCUUUCUUGUGGUAAGCAAUCAGGUCAGAAUAUAGCUGAGCCCCAAGCAAGACGAGUGACAGAUGAAUUGGUGGAUUACAAAAAUGGCAGCCCAUCAAUGUCCCAUGGCACUUGUCAACUCCCCCGACAUGCAGAGACUUUUAGAGAGCCAAGCAACUUCAGCUGCGGCCUGGAUAGCAGAAGCAGUGCUGCUCCCAGUGAAGUAGAAAUGUUACCACAACCGCAAUGGACUACCACCUCUCCACAGUCAGAGGAUAGAACUCUUAGGGGAAGGCAUCAAGAUGUCAUCUCCCCGAUCUCUUUAAUACAGCCUUUGUGUCACAAUAGUGUUGCUCAAUCUCUUACAAGUCCACAAUCACCUGAGCCGUCUUCUCCUGUCUCUAUUGGUCCUGCCUCCAAAGUCAGCAAAAAUGGCAGCCUCGUGCAGCAAGUGUACAACUCCUUGUCCUCCAUUCCGUUCAAAGGCAGUAUCAAAGGACGCCGUUCUUCUUAUCUGCUGGCCCUUACGACCGAGAGAUCCAAGUCUUAUGAUGAGGGUCUAAACACCUUCAAAGAAGAGGGCCAUGUUUUCACGAAACUACCAAAAAGAGUCAAGAGCUUUUUCAUUGAUGGGUCACUAGAAGGCUUGAAAGCCGAGGAGGAGACAAGGUCUAAGCGCCAUUCCACCUCCGAACUGGGAACCGUCACUUUCAGUGACAUCUCUAAGGAGGGUUGGCUACAUUGCAAGCAGAUUCUCACUGACAAGGGGAAGAAAGUUGCUGGCACCAUGCGGCCUUGGAAGCGCCUCUUUUUUGUACUUCGUUCCCAUACGCUUUUCAUCUAUAAAGACAAAAGGGAGGCUGUUCUAUAUGAAUCAAGGCCCGGUUCAGGUCUGGAUGAGUAUCCUCCUCUCAACAUUCGUGGCUGCCUGAUCGACAUUGCUUAUAGUGAAACAAAGCGCAAGCACACCCUGAGACUGAUGACACAGGACUUCUCUGAGUAUCUGCUCCAAGCUGAAAACAGGGAGGAGAUGUUGGCAUGGAUCAAGAUUAUCUGCGAAAACAGCAAAAUUGACAAUGAGGAUAUUGGUUCCUCAAGGCAGGCUCUUAUCAACAAGAAGCUGAAUGACUACAGAAAACAGAGUCUUACAGGUAACAAACCCGAUUCCUCCCUUAAAACCCACCGUAUGAUGGCUCCUUUCCUCUUGGCUAAGAAUGACAAUGCCUUAGCAAAUCGAUCAUCGAAAAGUGUUGACAACAAGACACCAUGGGGUAUCAAUAUAAUGAAGAAGUCCAAGCAGAUGUGCAAUCCAAAGGCUUUUGGGGUACGCCUUGAGAAUUGUCAGCCAGCUGCAAGCCAUAAAUUUGUCCCCCAGAUUGUAGAGAUGUGUUGCAGUGUGGUUGAGGCAACAGGUCUAGAAUACACUGGAAUUUAUCGGGUGCCAGGAAACAAUGCCAUGGUGUCCAACCUGCAGGAACACCUCAAUAAGGGUUUUGACAUCAACACUGCUGAGGAGAGAUGGCAGGACUUGAAUGUAAUCAGCAGCUUACUGAAAUCUUUCUUCCGAAAACUGCCUGAGCCACUGUUUACUGACGAGAAAUACAGUCACUUCAUUGAUGCCAACCGGAUAGAGGACACAAGGGACCGCCUGAAGACUAUGAAAAAACUGAUUCAAGAACUGCCAGAUCACUAUUACCACACCCUCAAGUUUUUGGUGUGUCAUCUAAAAAGGGUGGCAGAUUACUCUGAAAAGAAUAAGAUGGAACCAAGAAACCUUGCUCUGGUUUUUGGUCCGACUCUGGUGAGAACAUCAGAAGACAACAUGACAGAUAUGGUGACCCAUAUGCCAGACCGCUACAAAAUAGUGGAGACACUAAUCCUACACUGUGACUGGUUCUUCUCGGACGGAGAGCUUAGGAAGCAGGAGAAAACUCCUGAUGAGGACAUGCCAAACAUUAACCACCUGUUGUGCAACAUUGGCAGGCCAGGUAUGCCAGGAAAAACAUCAGGUGGUGAGCCUUUCGGAGAGCGGACUGGUGUUGCCUCUUCGGGCUGGAUGCAGACCCGGCCACCAGGCACCCGCCAACGUGCUCCGCUACUAGGCCUGGCUCCAGAUGGGGACCCCAUUGACCCGCAUCCAGCAUCCACCACCAGCGAUUUAUUUAAGCUUUCAUGGAGCACAGUUCAUGACCUAAGCACCACGGACAUCAUGUCCAAGUCCGGCAUCCGGCAUCUUCGCCCUCUCCCAGACAGCACUUCAGAUGAAGACUUUGAACACAGAACAACGGAACAAGUGAAUGCGAAAGAAAUGCUUCAAAGAGACAACAAUAUAUUCGCUGUUACAGGAGAAGCCACCAUGAGAAAAGAAUUUGAAAUUGAUCCGGAAGAAAGGAGAAGUCCACCAAGCCAUGAUAAAAAGUCUGAAAUGCAGUUCAAACCUGGACCACAGCUUUGUCCAAGCAGCUUCCUUGACUCACGCAACCAGAUAAAUUACACACACCCAAGACUUUUACCCAUGAUGUCUCACAAUUUGACAAGGGAAUGACCAAAACUUGCAUUAUAGAUUUUCUUAAAAGGACUUCUAGACCUCUGCCUGGCUUCAAAAAUGAAAAUGACCUUCAAACAGCCAUUAGAUUUGGGUUUGAAAUCAUAGCAAUAGUUUGAGAAAAGAUUUGCUUUUAUUUCGUGUUUACAAUAUUAACAGCUGGUUGUACGACGGAGCUUGGUUCUUGUUUUCCCUGACCAUGCAACACAACGAUUUUACGAUCAAAUAUUCCAUCCAAUAAUCAACUAAUCAGAUGCUUUAAAACUAACCUUGUGGCUCUGAUGCAACCCAUGAGAUGCGAUUGACGGGUAACAGUGCUGACUGUGGUUCAAUUCCCAGUGAUGAACAGAAAACUCAAACUCCGCGGAUGUAUAAGUGACACCAAUUCCCACUCAUUGAAGUUGAUUCAACGAACUGACCAUGUGGUAUCAUUUAUAACCAAUGCUAUGGCUUGAAUUGGGGAUGAUGGGAAUUCUAUGUGGUUUAGAACAGGAGAUAUAAUUGCCACAUUCAUAGCAAUUAUAUCAUGUGGACCAGACCAGUUUAUUUUUCGCCAAAUGAGUUAUCUUACCAGGGGAGUCACUAGACCUAAUACAAUACUGGGGCACAGCAGGGCACUGGCUAGUGAGCAAUUCUUUUUAGCACUUAUCUAUCAUAAAAAGUCAGAAAUAGCGCUAUAAACUAUAUAUAAUCAUAUCAAUUAUAUUGUUUCUGGUUCUUUGAUUGAACACCAAAAAUGAACAGAUGCAUGUAGCCUACUUGUGCACUUUACUUCAAAUCUCUAAACCACUACUUGGAAAACAAAAAAUGAAGCACAAUGAAUCUUGAUGCCAUAUAUUAUAUCCUCUAGUUGUCUUACGUCUCAGACCUUUCUUGGGGGCAAUUUACAUUUCUAUUUUUGUGUAGCGAUUGCAAAUGCUACUCAGUGAAAGCUAACAGACACUUUUAAUUUUUUCAUGAAGAACAAAUCUUAAUUCUAUAAUUUAUUUACACUUCCCCGUUACUAAAAUUGUUUUUUAGAACAGAAAAAGGUAACAGUGGCAGUCAGAUACCAUUUUAAUAUUUUUCAGGUCAUUCAUUGUCAGACAAAAGCAGCACGGCAAAACGCCACGCUGAAAAAUAAGUAAAAGUAUCAAAAUGGCUUACCUCUUCAUCCUCUGUAGGACCAUGGCCCCCAACAAAAUAAUUACUGCUUAUGAAAUGUGAAUGGCUUUGCCUUACUGGCGUUAAACUGGUCUUUUGGACGUCCGGGCAAGUUGAUCCAUUCUUCACAUUUUUUCCCCUGAGUGUUUGGUUUCCGGAAACGUAUGAAGAAAACAUCCUCCAUAUGUCGUAAUGUCUAGAGUCCUUGCAUAGCAGCAGUGUUUGAUCGGCAUGUUCUUUUUUUGAAAGAUUACUGGAGAAAACAAGCAGAGAUAACAUGGAUUGUAUGCGAGGGCGUGUCUAUAAUAACCCACUUCCGCGUUACGAUGGCGACGUCACGGUCUAAAAAUAGCAUUCGUGCAGUACACUAUUCAUAUACUUAUCACAGCCAAUGUUACGCACAUAAAUUAAAUCAAAUCAACCAUAUUAAGGAGCCAUGUGCGGAUUGUGUAUAUGGAGUGAAUAGAGUAACAUGACUGUAUUAAAUAGACACAUUCUGUAGAUUAUGCUAUGUAGACUUAAAACUCCAAAGUAUCUUUUUCUUAUGCUCUGAUCUUUCAGUGCCGCCACCAUUCGCCCCUCCCAUUUAAUAUGGAUUGGUCAUUUCAAACAUUUAAUUAUUUGGCCAAAAAUUUGGUCUCACAUGAGAUCUAAUUACCAUAAAUGUGGCUCGUAAACAAAAAUGGGUUUGACACCCCUGGUCUACAAAUCUGGUGGCAGCAGCAGAGGUGUUUCCUUAAAGUCCUGUUGCCUGCAUCAAAAUGUGUAAUGUUUUAACUUUUCAGCACUCCUGCUUCUCCAAAGACACGCCAUUUCCAUUUAUUUCCACCCCGCCACACUCAGGCGAAGCACAGGCAUUUGCUGCCUGUAGGCUCUUGUGGUGCACUGACACGAUGCGGAUUCAAGGAAAGGCUUGCCUUGCCUGGACUCAUACUGUCUGAUAAAAGUUUUGUAAGAUUCAACAUUGUCAUUCCUUUAUUUGCUCCUGUAGUAGAGUGGUUCUUUUCAUUAGCUGGACUUAUGAAAAAGCCCCGUAUACUAUGACUAAAUACCAGCCUGUUUGAAAGAUUAGUUAUCCUGACAUGUAUCAACUAAAUUCACAGAUGUAUUUUAUACAAUGGGCAGCAUGGAUAGCUAUUUCAUGGCUUUUUUGAAUACUCUCUCUGUUUGUAAUAUUAUUCAUUCAUUUUCUCUACUGCGUAUAUCCUCAUGAGUAGGGUUGUCAAACAUGCUGCCCGCCAGGGGAUCUGACCCGGUCCGCGGGGUUGUUCUACUUAGAAGGCAUAUUGUAGCUCCUUCAUACCGUAUUUACAGAAUCACAUGCUUUUAUUUUGACAUCAGGGCCAUAAAAUCAGAUUUGUUAUUUGUGUGAUCAAAAGUGUGCGCGCGACUGCACUUGGCUCACGAUUUUUUCCCGCCGUCACAUUCGUUCUUUCUCCCCCUACCAGUGAAAAUGGAUUGGUCAUCUACCGCGAUCAAUGGCGGCCAAUGUGUUAAGGAAGUGAGCCAUAAAUGCCCCGAAACCACAAUAAUACGUGACUGCAGCCCAGAGCCCAGCAACAGCUGCUCCAAACAACGCCUUGUACAAACCACGCCCCUGCAAACUACGCCCAAAAGAUGCUAUGGUAGUAGCGUCUCAUAGAUAUGCAUAUAGAACUAGAUGUGAAAUGAAAGACUCGGCGGUUUUAGUAAACAGUCGCCAUCUUAAAGCAGUAGAGUUUUCUUGCAGGCUCUGUUGUAGCGAACUUAAGGUGCGUAACCAUUUAUCUAGAAUAGAGUGAAAUAGCCCUUUAUUGUCAUUGUACAGUUGCAUCUCCCUUUACAGUGCAGGACAAGUAGAAAUCUCAAAAGUGGCUUGCAAGAAUAAAAGUAUAAAAUGUAAGUAAAUACAAAAUAUGUAUGAGGUAGUCCUUUGUUAUGUCCUAUUUAAAAUACUCCUAAAUUGGCGAAAUCUUGACUUGAAUCUAUCUUUAAAUGCUGAAACAGUUUUAACACUUUCACAUUUUGAAAGUAGACAGAAGGAAAAUAAAGCAUUAAUGGGGGCCCUUUUAAUAACUUUAAUAGUUGAUUCACAACAUUAAAUGAUUUCUAAACAUAGCAAAGGUUACAAUCUAGGUAUGUUUCGGCACGCCCCUAUGUCCGAAAUACCCCUGUGUCUAGUUAAGUUUAGGGUAAGGAAUUGGGCAAGGGCCUAUUGUCCCAAAACCUCUUUGAACUUCACAUAGUAAAUGAAUUCUUCGCGCCACCGUCCCAACAGCAGGCGUAGUUUGGAGAGCGGCGUGGUUUGUAUGAAGGCUUGCUUUGUAGUGGCUGUCACUUGGCUCUGGGCUGCAGUCAGACCCCUUCUCCAAAACCAACAGAAAGUGACCCGAAAUAAACAGGAAAUAACCUGGAAAUGCCCCAAAAUCAACAGGAAGUGACCAAUGAACCGGAAACUGCCAGCAAAUGCCCUUAAGUCAACAGGAAGUAAUCUAAAAGUAUUCAGGAAGUUACCCCAGAAUGCCCAAAAUAUACAGGAAUUGAAGGAAGUGACCCAAAAUUAACGGUUUGGCUUACACUGACUACAAUAGACGUGCAAUUCACUUAAGCUGCAGGGGCUAGCGUUGAAUGCUCAUAUAUCAGUGCCGUUUGACGGCGCUCGACAUCCAAUCCAUUUUGACUGGGAGGGGCAAAUGAACAUUCGUUCAUAGCACCGUUAAUGGCAGCCAGUGAGUGAACUUAUUUGGCCAAAAUAAAGUGGUCAGACACGCAUAAGAACAAAUCGCAAGCGGCAAGUUUGACACCCUUGCUAUUUAGAGUCACAGGAAUAAGGUCAGAAAUGGUUAAAAUUAUGAUUGCUUAUGUUUACUUGUUAAAAUAUGUUUACAUGAUGUGGAUUUAGUUUAUGUGUGUAAAACAAAGAGAAAAUGUUACCAAGAGAAAAACUGCCUUUGUGAAAAAUGUAUUUUGGGAAAUACAAAAAAAAGUAUUUUAUUUUGAUACAGAUACAGGCUGUGUAUUUUUUUGUUUGCUUUGACACAACUACAAACACAAUGUAUCUGGAAAUACAUCCAAUGUAUUUUCUUCCCCAUUCCUGUACACGGUUAUUACUAAUAAAAUAAUGAUUAUUAUUAUUGUUGUUAAAAUCAACAAACCUUCCUAAAAUUGAACGUUUUUCACUCACCUCUGUCAGUGUUCCUCACCAGAAUAUUUCUUACCUUGACAAUUUCAUACCUUGAUAUGUCUCACCUCUGAUGUUAUUGUUGUUCAAAUAAAUAAACGUAACAUCCGUGGUAUUUCAAAUUAAAACAAAGCGUGGAUAUUUUUCCCCCCACCAUGAGUAACUAUAAACUAAUACAUACAGUAUGUGCAAUGAAUUUUGAGUUGACAUAUUAUUGUGGGUGUGUGGCAGUCUAGUAAUUUCUACAACCUGAUGCUCCAGAGCCAUGUGUGGCUCUUUUAUCAUUCUGCUGUGGCCAGG